UGGCUAUCAAGAAACCCAUUGCACCAAUGGGAGGCCUUCCCUUCAAAGCAAGCAGGGGACCCAAGAAGAACAAUCUACACUCCACACACUCAAUUUACUUUAAUGCCCUUCUCCCAUGCAGCAUUGAUUCCAUCAUCAAAUAAAUCUCUUUAACAUCGCAACUACCUCUUCAUCUUCCAUUGUUGAUUGGUAGUCUGUCUCUCAAAAACCUUCGAAACCCCCAAAAAAAUGGGUACUGGUAAGCUUAUCAUGAUCUCAUUCAUGGUAAUCUCACUCCUCUUCUCCUUCCUUUGCAUUUUAUUUUUCCCAGCAAUACUUACCAAACCCAUCUCCAGAUUCAACCCAAUCAUCGAGUCCAAUGCAGUUUUUCUCCCCAAUGUUGAUCAAAACCCAUAUCCAGUCACAUUUGCAUACCUGAUUUCAGCAUCUAAAGGUGAUGUGGGGAAGCUGAAAAGGCUGCUUCUUGCUCUGUACCAUCCUGGGAAUUACUAUCUGAUACACUUGGACCAGGAGGCGCCCGCGGCGGAGCAGAGGGAGUUGGCUGCGUUUGUGGCGGAGGAAGAUGUAUUUGGGCUUGUGGGUAAUGUUUGGAUUGUUGGGAAACCCAAUUUGGUUACCUAUAGAGGCCCAACUAUGCUUGCUACUACCCUCCAUGGAAUGGCUAUCCUGUUGAGAAGCUUCAAGUAUUGGGAUUGGUUUAUCAAUCUCAGUGCCUCUGAUUAUCCUCUUAUGACCCAAGAUGAUCUGAUUGAUGGAUUUUCUGGGUUGCCAAGAGGUCUCAAUUUCAUACAACAUUCUAGUCACUUGGGUUGGAAACUGAAUAACAGAGGGAAACCAAUAAUGAUAGAUCCAGCACUGUACAGUCUUAACAAAUCAGAGAUCUGGUGGGUUAUCAAAAGGAGGAGUCUCCCCACUGCUUUCAAGCUCUAUACAGGUUCAGCUUGGACAAUACUGUCAAGAUCUUUCGUCGAGUACUGCAUACUCAGUUAUGAGAACUUGCCAAGAAGUCUCCUUCUCUACUACACCAACUUUGUCUCCUCACCAGAAGGCUACUUCCAGACAGUCGUUUGCAACUCCGAGGACUACAAGAACACGACAGUCAACCACGACCUUCACUACUUAUCUUGGGAUAACCCUCCGAGACAGCAUCCAAGAUAUCUAGGUCCCAAAGAUUACCGAAGAAUGAUUCUAAGCAGCCGUCCAUUUGCCAGGAAAUUCAAGGAGAAAAACUCGGUUCUUGACUGGAUUGAUAAGCAGCUCCUUAAGAGACACUAUGGAGGGUUCAAUUAUGGAGGCUGGUGUAGUGAUUCUGAGAGUAGUAUUGGGAAGAGCCAGAGAAGAGCAUGCUCUGGCUUGAAAAGCGAGAAUUACGGUGUUUUGAGGCCUGGACCCGGGUCGAGAAGAUUGAAAAGUCUGCUGAAGAACACACUUUCUGCCAAGUUCAACAAACAACAGUGCAGAUGAACAAUUCUUUGUUUUCUUAUAUUCUUUUAAACAUGAAUGAUGAGAAGCUACACAUUGUACUAUUUGGUUUUAAGAAAUAAUUGAAAAUAUAACACUUUUUAAUUAUUUAAUAAAAUAAUACUUGAAGUUAUCCGUAUGACGUCAAUGAUACUUG